AUGUACACGGGAGAUUUCAUCAAUUUACCAUUCCCGAUUGUAGCAAAUGUAGAUGGCAUAACCCGCAAUAAUAUGGAUCGCACAGUAAAAGUUUAUAAAACACGGCGAAAUGGAGAGGAUAACAAUUUCAAACAACUCUACCGUUUCAAUCGAGCGAACGUUGAUCAUGUCGCCGAAACAUUUUUGAAAAACAGCUCUGAAACUCGAGGAGGAGCUUUAUCAAAUGUACAAAAGAUGAAAUGCUUCUUAAGAUAUGUUGGUGAUCCAGGAUUCCAGGUUGGUGUUGGAGAAGAUUUAGGUGUUCACCAAACGACAGUUUGCAAAACCAUAUGGUCCGUGUGCAAUGCUAUCGUUGAAAGGUCUGAUGAAUGGAUACACUUUCCCAGCUUACCAACGGAAUUGGAACACGCAAAGAAAAUGUGGCAAUCUAAAUAUAAGUUUCCCAGUGCUAUCGGUGCUAUUGAUUGCACUCACGUUUUAAUCAAACGUCCAGGUAAAAAAACGAAUAUUUUCAAUAUUUUGCAAGAUAACGCAUCUGGAGGUCUAUUGCUAGCGGAUGAAGCUUAUCCUCUCACUCCUUGGAUGAUGACACCCUAUAGAGAUCCUACAACUUCGUCACAGAAAGUAUACAACGCGUUUCACAAACGAGAAAGAGUAAUAAUUGAACGAGUUUUUGGACAAGUGAAACAAAGAUUUCCUUUAUUGCAAUCUAAAGUACGUGUAAAAACUGAGAGAAUACCACGCAUGAUUGCUGCUUGCUUUGUACUACAUAACGUUGCAAAACAUUUUAACGACAAGGACUUCUAUCCAGAGGAAACUAUAACCUAUUGUAUUGCUGUACCGCGGCCAACAGUCACCAACAGCUCACUUUUACAACGAGGACUAAAACGUCGUGAUGCGAUCGCUUCAUUUCUACGAGGCGAUAAUGUUCAUUGA